GCCGUUGGAGAGCCUCCGAUACGCCUCCCCUAUCUUAUCCCGCCCACCCGCUGAGCCAGGCGCCCGUAGGCUGUGGGCGCUAUCAGUCAGGCCCAUCCUCUCUUCCGGCCCGCCUCCUGUAGCCGACGAUUGGCUGAGGGGGGCGUCAGUGCAUUCAGGAGACCAAUGGAAGGCCCGGGGUGUGUGUGAAGAGGCGGCGCGCGCGCGGCGGCGGCCGGCCCGGUGGCUGUGGUAGUGGUGGCGAGGGAAGCGGCGGCCGCAGCAGGAGGGGCCGCGACGGCAGGGGGGUGUCAGCAGUAGCGGCGGCGGAAACGGAAGCAGCGGCAGGAGGAGGAGGAAGAGGCGGGCGGAGAAGAAGAAGAGGAGGAGGAGGCGGUGGCGGCGGCAACGGUCGCGAGGAGGAGGCGGUGGAGGAGGAUGUGGCGCGCGGAGGGGAAAUGGCCGCCGAAAACAAGCCGGAAGAUGAUCAUGGGAACAGCAAUGGAAGUCAUGUAAAAAUCUUUUUACCGAAAAAGCUGCUUGAAUGUCUACCAAAAUGUUCCAGUUUACCAAAAGAGAGGCACCGUUGGAACACUAAUGAGGAAAUUGCCGCGUAUCUAAUAACAUUCGAAAAGCAUGAAGAAUGGCUAACGACCUCCCCUAAAACCAGGCCUCAGAAUGGCUCCAUGAUCCUAUACAACAGGAAGAAGGUGAAAUACAGGAAAGAUGGAUAUUGCUGGAAAAAACGGAAAGACGGGAAGACCACCCGAGAGGACCACAUGAAGCUGAAGGUGCAAGGAGUGGAGUGCCUCUAUGGCUGUUACGUCCAUUCCUCGAUCAUCCCCACGUUCCACAGAAGGUGCUACUGGCUUCUUCAGGUAAGAACACUUUGGACUUUUAUCAUACAACAAGUGGUUCAUUACAGGUUGAAAGUUGAUUUGGUUGGCUUUUAGGACGGUUUUGACCUUGCUUUCUUGUGAUUGUAGAA